AGUUCACGCGCCUCCCCUUUAAGGCGGUGGCCCCACGGUUUGUGCCCGCCGACGCGAGCGGCCUCCCCCUUAAGGCUCGGGGCGGUUGCGCCGGGGCUCAUGAAUGGAGCCACGUGACCCAAACAUCACGUGACGCGUCCGUGAGCGGCGGCGGCGGCCCCGGAGUCCCGGCACCUCCCAGCGCCCCGGCCCGGCCCGGCCCGCGCCCCCCGCCCCCCCGCCGCACGAUCCUGACUGACGAGGCUGUCGUGUUAUGACGACCCCCAACAAAGGAAACAAGGCCUUGAAGGUGAAGCGGGAGCCAGGCGAGAAUGGGACCAGCCUGACGGACGAGGAGCUGGUGACCAUGUCUGUGCGGGAGCUGAACCAGCAUCUGCGGGGCCUGUCCAAGGAGGAGAUCAUCCAGCUGAAGCAGCGCCGGCGCACACUCAAGAACCGCGGCUACGCGGCCAGCUGCCGUGUCAAGCGCGUCACGCAGAAGGAGGAACUGGAGAAACAGAAGGCAGAGCUGCAGCAGGAGGUGGAGAAGCUGGCCUCGGAGAACGCCAGCAUGAAACUGGAACUUGACGCCCUGCGCUCCAAGUACGAGGCCCUGCAGAACUUCGCCCGGACCGUGGCGCGGAGCCCCGUGACCCCUGCCCGCGGGCCCCUGGCCUCUGGCAUGGGGCCGCUCGUUCCGGGAAAAGUGGCCACCACCAGCGUCAUCACGAUAGUGAAAUCCAAAACGGACGCCCGGUCGUAGUAAAGCGCGCGCUCCCGGCGCUGGUCUGUGCAGGGCCGUUAGGCACGCGGCCGGCCUGGACCCCCGAAGCACAACCCCCUUCCUAGCCGGGCCAGGGCUCCAUCCACAUGGCCCAGGACCAGCCCGCGGCUCACUCCGGUGUUGUGUGUUGUUUUGUUCAGAUAGAUGUGACCAGUGGUGAUGUGUCCCCUGUGCUGUGCGAGCAGAGCCUCCUGCCCGGGCCGGCAGGGCAGAGAUGGUGCUUGGCCUUGGCAUCCUCGGCACAGACCGUCCGUGCAGCGAGGAGGAAGGUGUGAUGGCGGAGGCCUGCGGCGCCACCCGUCUUGGGGAGGGGGGGCUCUGCCGCAGGGGGCUGGGAACACUGAAGUCAGUUGCUCCCGACAGCUUUAUUCCAUUGCGCUUCCCAGGGGUGCGUCACGGCACCCGUCUGCCAUGUGCCCAAAUCUGCUGCUUCUAUCUCGUGUGGUGCCGGUGGCUGCAGUGGGGAUUGGUCCGGGGGGCUGAUUCUGUGCUCACCUCCUAGGUGCGUCCCCUCCUCACCCUGAAGGGGGUUGUCUUGGCUUCCACUGUGUCAGUCGCAUGACCCCACGGCAGUGGACAGGGGUGCUGCAGCUCCCCGGUUCCUCUGCUGUAAAGCUGGGGAGGAAUCCAGGACUGGGCAUGUUUGGGGCUAGGGGAGGGGGGGCAGUACCCGGGGUGGGGGAAGGCUCCCCGGUGACUGAGGGCCGGUUUUGUGCCUAACGCAUUGCACUGAACAAGACCAAACUCACUCGUUGUUCCUAUGUGCGGAGGUAUCAAGUGUCUCUAGUGUGAUGUUUUACACGGCCAGUUCAUGUGGUUAAACAGCCCUUUAUUUAAAGAGAAACCUCACUUUAAGAGUUAUUAAAUUAUCUAAAUUGGAAGUUGAAACUGGGCAGAGGAGAAUGUAUUUAUAGUUGGCUUUUUUACUGGAGAGGAUGGGAGUAUUUGACCACGUCAGUGGGGAAAUGUUCCUGGAGGCUUUGCUAGUGAAAGUGUACAUGGAUGCAAGGACUUGGGAGUUUCUCACGAACCUCCUGCAAGGCGAUGGUGGCUCCGGUUUGGUUUUUAUAAGGAGUUGUCGGACUUUAUUUAUAAAACUUAGAAAAGACAAAAAAGAGGCCAGUCCUGUUUGAUACCUUUUUGCAAUUGUACCGAAAGUGACUUAUUCCCGUGCUCGCUUGCUCGCUGGCUUCCCCCGUGUCCCGCUGUGUCGCGUUGUCCGAGCUCGCACGUGGCGCUGUGAUGUGAUGGUGCCAGUAGCUGCUGCUGCUGUGUGGGUGUCCUGUCUUUGUGCUUCCAUUGCUUUCCCUGGGUGACGUGGGGAGUGACAGGCCACCCUCCCCCUUCCUUCAGGGCCCGUGGGCAGCUGCUGACCUUUCUGAAGCAAAGACAAAGCCGCUUGGUGGGUGUUGCUGUGGCUGGAGUCUCCCUGCGUGGUCUGUGUGCAGAAGGGCUCCUCCCUAGCUGGUGGCAUGGGACACUUGCUGCCUAGGGCUCCAGCUUCCCAGCAGGUGUCGCUGAACGUGAUGGGCCACUUCCCCCAGGGCUUGCGCAGGAAGCGAAGCCCUGGGAGCUUUCCCAGGCAUGUGCAGCUGGGACCAGCUCUGGGCUCUGAUUUCCCUGAGAUCUGAUGGGCAGGACUUCAGUCCCAUGCCCAGGACUCAGCAGACCAUGACACAAGCUCCUUGAGUCUUGUGCAGGGCAGGGGAGAGCCACUCCCUUGCUGCCAGGGGUCUGUGUGGCAGGGAGGGAAGUCCUGGCACUGGUGGUGUCUCCCCUUCCUGCUGCAGCUUCUGGCCAUGCCCAGGCCUAGUUCUGCUUCCACGGACACUUCCCCUCUGCCUGCUGGUGCGGGUUGUUCUCGUGAGGCUGGACUAGGGCGUUAGAACUGCUGGACGAGGGACGUUGUGAGCCCAGAGGUCGCUGUGCAAAGCAAUGCAGGCUGCACAGGUAGCCCUGUGCGACCAGUUGCACACAUGUCCUGGUCCUGGGCAGUCUGGGAAGGGUCCAGGGCAGAGGGAUGGCUGGUGGGGGAAGAGAGAGGGGGACCCUCCUUGCUCUAGAGCUUGGGGUGAGCAUGUGCUGCUCUGCCUUGAUUGUGGGUCUGGAGGGCAUGGUGCAGGGGGGAUCUGGGUGUCUUGUGCUUCCGUCUCUGGUCUCCGUGUAGGGACGUGGGGCCUCCUGGCCCUGGCUGGUCAUACAGUGUUCAGUGCUGCUCCGCAGGCUUUUAUCUGCCUCUGAGGUGUUGUCUUCCAGCUGCCCAGAAGGUGCCAGCAAAACUUUCUUGGGUGCUCCCAACUCCCUUCAGAGCCAGGCUGGGUACAGGGGGGCGACCCCCCCUGUGGAAGCAAAGAGGAUAGAGCAGGUCUCCGCACCCCUGCAGCCCAGGCACUGGCAUUUGCUCCUGUUGCCUGUGGGAUGCCGGGCUCUGGGUCCAGGAGGGUUUGGCUGGGGGAGGCCUUGUCAGUCAUUGCAUAGUGCCCAGAGCAGGUAGCCCUUUGUUACUGUAGAGAAGUAAGGCUGGAAGGGACCUCGAGAUCAUCUAGUCCAACCAGGGAUCGAACCUGCGACCUCGGUGGUACUGGCACUGUACUCUAACAGGGCACGGCCCCCAGGCCACCAGUGCAAACCCACUUCCAUGCUGCUGCAGCCCUGAUGCACAGCUUGCCACGCUCCAGCCUGCUGGCUGCAACUGGGGGCCUGAGGCAUGCCUUGGGGGACAGGGCCAGUGUUGCUCUUCCCUGUGCUGGUCAGAGCCUGCUCCUGCACUGCUCCCUGAUCGGGUGGAUGUCCCUGCCUUGCCUAGGGGAGGGGACACCGAGCGGGGCACCUGGGGUAGUGGUGCUGGGAGCAGGGAGCUGGGGCGCCCUUGUCCCUCUGCUGCUGACUCCCAGAGCGCCUGCCACCCCCGCAGGCAGUGCUGUCUCUGUGCUGGGGGCUCUGCGCUGCACGCUGCCUGGGCUCGGUGGCUUCUGUGUCCCGGGCAGCCCCUGCGCCCCAGCCGUGCCCGCGGGUUGGUCCCUGCUGGAGCCUGCCACCACGCUGACUCCUCACGCUCGCUCUCGUGUACGCGUCCGCAGUGUGACGGUUCUUGUUUGAGGUGCUCGUCCGUUUGGUUCCUGCUGUGAAGGGUGUCGUGUUUUCUUUCUCCUUCCCCAGUACCUGUGCGCCUGGCGGGCAGGGUCUGCUCCCAGCCCAGCUGCCAAGCAAGCACGUGCUGUAGCCUGGGCCUGCCAGGCGUGCAGGGGACUUGUGUGUGUUGUGGUGAAUCGUGUUCAGUGAUCUUGUGGGUUGUGCAGCCUUGAUGGUUCUGCUCUCGGGAGGGCGCGAAGCAGACUGCAGCGUGCAGGCAGGAGCCAGGGCCGUGCGCUCUUCCCGGGGGUCUGACCCGCUCUGGUGAGACCCUCGGUGCUCCCACGGCCCCAGCUGUGGCUUUCUGGCAGGAACAAAGAUUAACGCUCUCCCCUCAGAGGAAGGUCCCCGUCCCCUUCCUGCCAGAGCAGGCAGCUGCUCCCUACCGCAGGCAGGGAGCUGGGACUCGAGACAGGGAGAGGGGCAGAGCAGGCCCCUCUGCCAGGGGAGGCGGGCAGCGGUCAGGCUGGUGUCUGGGGCGCUUUGGCCACGCACGGCCCUUGCGCUGAGGGCUGGAAGGGGCCUCCAGCCCCCGCGGGGCGCAGCAAGGUGCUCCCAGGGCAGCCGCCCACCCGCCCGCCCUUGUCUGACCUCGCUGCAGUCUGCCUGGAGCUUAUUACACCCGCUGUCAAACCGGACCGUGACCAGAGAUGUAAUAGCGGGAGCACGUGCCACAGGCCCAGGGCUGCCCGGGGGUGAGGGGCCGCGGGCUCUGCUCCGCCUCGAACUCGCUUCUUUUCAGGUCCAAGAAGUCUCCGAGACGGGCAAGUCUUUUAGGAGACGGAAUCGGAGCCGGCGCCACGGCCCGGUGGGCGGCCACGGCUGGGCCCGGACUCGUGCCAGGGUGUAAUACAGCGGUGCCGGCCGUCCCUGUGCCGCGGCCCCGUGCAGCCGAGCAGUAUUUAUUAUAAAUUAUUGUCCUCCCCGCUCUGUAGGUGGUAUCUGUGGGUGAGGGGCGCUGCCCCGCGGAGGUGUUGUUAAUUUAUUUCUGUAUAUAGUGUACGUUUGUUGAUAUGAGGCUUUCUUUAUUUUGUAUAUGACCAAUAAACUUCUUUUAAAGAGA